AUGGAUGAUUUGCUGGGCGAGGACUGGCAAAAGCCGGCAAAGCCAGCAGCACCACCCAGCAACACUUCCCAGAACCCAAGCACAUUCGCGUCGAGCUAUAGCAGUUUGCGCGCAAGUCCUGCCCUGCCACCCUCGAGAAUCGCAUCACCGGCUAUCAGUAGGCCGACGAGCACCGUGAAUGGAAGUGGUCAUGCAAAGUCAACUGGCGGCGAUGCCUUUGGCAAUCUCUUGGGAUCCAAAAAGCCAGCCAGUAGCAGUAUCUCUAUACAGGAAAGGCAGAAGCAGCUGAUGGAGGAGAAGCGGCGCCAGCAGGAGCAACAGGGACAGCAAUGGGAUACGCUGGGAAGUGGCAGAGGAACACCAGAGAUACGUGGUUCCCAUUCACCUAUACCACAGCAAUCACAGGAUGCGGAGGACGAUAUCAUGGCUGCCUUCAAUAGAGACGCACCUGUGGAUAGAUCAAGCCACUUUCCCCCGCCCAUCUCAAGUCCUACUAGCGGUCAAACCACACCUGCAUUCCAGCCAAUAGCAGCGCAGAUACCUACAAGCAAUGCCGACUUUGACGAGGACGAUGACCCUUUUGGGCUAGGAUCUGUGCCUAAGCAGAGUAACGGCCAUUCUACAGCUCCCAUCGGACAGUCAAAUGGUGAUGAUGAUAUACUUGGCGACCUAGGAAAGCCUGUGACGGCUCGUCCUGUUCAGACGAAUCGUCCAGCGGAGCGCGUGGAAGUAUCAGAGGCAUUCGCCAUUGACGAGCCGGAGGAUCGAGCGCUGGCGGAGCUCAUAGACAUGGGCUUUCCUACGGAUAACGCUAAAUUGGCAUUGUCAGAGAAUGGCGGCAACGUGCAAGCUGCAGUCGGAUGGCUUUUGCAGCAGGCACACGAGGAAUCCAAGCAAAAGGCGAGAGCUGAAGCUGGUGAUCGACGUCAGAGUCCACCUGCUGCAAGCAGGAAUUUGCAAGGAACUCAUCGGGACCAAGAUCAGGUACCGGCAUGGAUGCGCGAAGCGUCACGGCCGGGCUCAGCUAGUGCUCGGCGGCAAGAUAGCAGAUCCCCAGCAAACAGCGAGAAAGACCCAGCAGCUGUGGCGCAGGAAUAUGGCACCAAGUUCCUGAAGGGCGCGACAUCGCUCUGGAAAGCCAGUCAGAAACAAAUGGCAAAAACUGUUGCUGAGUUCCAGCAAGACCGUGACCCCAGCCAACCGAAGUGGAUGCAGGAACCGGCGACAGCUCCCAGCAGGUCGAGCAGUCAGCAACGUCAGGAUCUGGCUCGUGCCAAGCAACGCGAGAUACAGGCCACUGACGAGGCAGCAAUGCUCGACGCACCACGCGAGCGGCCUCAAAAGACCGCAAGGCAUGCUGCGCCAGAGCGUCUUUCUCCGCCGAUCUCCAGCUUUCGCGAUCCUGAAGAAACGCUGGCGCAUAGACCUGCAGCACAACCAAAGCGAACACAUCAGCCAGCGCCAGCACAGGCCCAACGAGCUCCCGCAAAGAUAACCAGGGAAGAAAUUGAAGUCCAAGCAGCCCAGGCGUACGUCAGCUCCGCACGCCGAAGAAAACCGACUCCACAGCCUCAGCACCCACCUGAACCAGAAGUCGAUCUUUUCAAUUCCGCGCUACCUCCACCCGCUCAGUCUGCACCAGUUGCCACGAAAUCUUCCACACGAGCCACCCCAUCACCGGCUCCUGCGCGACCGAAGGCACCACCUCGGAAUGUGCCGAGCAUCUCCCCAUCUGCCCUAGCAACAUCUGCUCAGCACCGGAAAGCAGGCGGAGAAGCAUUCAAGCGUGGUGACUAUGCUUCUGCGCAUGACUCUUAUGCUGCAGCUCUCCGGCCACUUCCCGCAUUACAUCCUCUCACAAUUGUAGUGCUCAGUAACAGGUCUCUGACUGCUCUCAAGACCGGUGACCCAAAGUUAGCUAUAUCCGAUGCAGAUCAGGCUCUUACGGUCAUCGGUGCUGGUCAGGGUAUCGGUGAAACCAUAGAUAUGGGUGCCGGUGAAGGCACGAAAGAUAUGCGUGAAUUCUACGGGAAAGCUGUCAUGCGCAAGGCCGAGGCCCUUGAACAUCUUGAGAAGUGGAAUGAGGCCGCUGCUGUGUGGCGCAUUGCGAUCGAAGGUGGUAUCGGAGGCGCAGUAAGAGACUUAAGACUAGCGCCUAACAACCUCAGAACCUAA